AAAUGGAUGAAAAGAGGCUGCUGGAUCCAGGGUUGAAAGUUCGUAGAGGCAUCUGGGAUUAUACUCUGAGGAACCAGCAGAUGGAAUGCCUGAGUGACUGAAGAAAAUGGGUGCUAAUGCAUCUAACUAUCCUCAUUCAUGUUCCCCGAGGGUAGGGGGAAAUUCUCAAGCCCAACAGACUUUUAUAGGAACAUCAUCUUAUUCUCAGCAAGGCUAUGGUUGUGAAUCAAAAUUAUAUAGCCUUGACCAUGGCCAUGAGAAACCACAAGACAAAAAAAAGAGAACCUCUGGCCUUGCCACCCUCAAAAAGAAGUUUAUUAAGCGUCGGAAAUCUAAUAGAUCUGCUGAUCACGCCAAGCAGAUGCGAGAACUCCUCUCUGGGUGGGAUGUUAGAGAUGUCAAUGCAUUAGUGGAAGAGUAUGAGGGAACUUCAGCCUUAAAGGAGCUUUCUCUACAAGCCAGUUUGGCUAGACCAGAAGCCCGGACAUUGCAGAAAGAUAUGGCCGAUCUUUAUGAGUACAAGUAUUGUACUGAUGUAGACUUAAUAUUUCAAGAAACUUGUUUUCCUGUUCAUCGUGCCAUUUUGGCAGCAAGGUGUCCAUUUUUUAAAACACUGCUUUCUUCUUCACCCGAGUAUGGGGCAGAGAUCAUAAUGGACAUCAAUACAGCUGGUAUAGAUAUGCCCAUGUUUUCUGCUUUGCUACACUACCUGUAUACAGGAGAAUUUGGAAUGGAGGACUCAAGGUUUCAAAAUGUCGAUAUCCUGGUUCAGCUCAGUGAAGAAUUUGGAACACCAAAUUCCCUUGAUGUAGACAUGCGUGGACUCUUUGACUACAUGUGUUACUAUGAUGUCGUCCUUAGUUUUUCUUCAGACUCUGAACUGGUUGAAGCUUUUGGUGGAAAUCAGAACUGUUUAGACGAUGAGCUCAAAGCUCACAAGGCUGUUAUUUCAGCACGAUCUCCGUUCUUUCGGAAUUUAUUGCAAAGGAGGAUACGGACUGGUGAAGAAAUCACAGACCGAACUUUGAGGACUCCCACAAGAAUUAUAUUAGAUGAGUCCAUUAUACCAAAAAAAUAUGCAAAAGUGAUACUACAUUGUAUGUAUACCGAUGUGGUGGACCUCUCCGUUUUGCACUGUAGCCCCUCUGUGGGGAGCCUCAGUGAAGUUCAGGCUCUUGUCGCAGGGAAGCCAAACAUGACUAGGGCAGAAGAAGCCAUGGAACUUUACCACAUAGCACUGUUCUUGGAAUUUAACAUGCUUGCACAAGGCUGUGAGGAUAUCAUUGCUGAGAGCAUCUCUUUAGAUACCUUAAUUGCCAUCCUCAAGUGGAGCUCGCACCCAUAUGGCUCUAAAUGGGUGCACCGACAAGCUUUACAUUUCCUCUGUGAGGAAUUUUCCCAGGUCAUGACUUCGGAUGUUUUUUAUGAACUCAGCAAAGACCAUCUGCUUACUGCUAUCCAGUCUGACUACCUACAGGCAAGUGAACAAGAUAUCCUUAAGUAUCUGAUUAAGUGGGGCGAGCAUCAGUUGAUGAAAAGAAUAGCAGACAGAGAGCCGAACUUACUGAGUGGCACUGCACACAGUGUGAACAAAAGAGGUGUGAAGCGGCGAGAUCUGGACGUUGAAGAACUUAGGGAGAUUUUGUCUUCUCUUUUACCUUUUGUGAGAAUCGACCACAUCUUACCAAUAAACAGCGAAGUCCUAGGUGAUACAAUGAAAAGAGGCUUGAUUAGUACCCCCCCAUCAGAUAUGCUUCCUACAUCAGAAGGUGGAAAGUCAAACGCCUGGUUACGACAGAAGAAUGCCGGAAUUUAUGUUCGUCCUCGUCUGUUUUCCCCCUACGUGGAAGAAGCAAAGUCAGUGCUAGACGAGAUGAUGGUGGAACAAACAGAUCUUGUACGUCUGCGAAUGGUUAGAAUGUCCAAUGUGCCCGACACACUUUACAUGGUCAGCAAUGCAGUGCCACAGUGUUGUCACAUGAUCAGCCACCAGCAGAUCAGCAGUAACCAGUCCAGCCCUCCUUCAGUGGUAGCCAAUGAAAUUCCAGUCCCCCGCCUCCUCACCGUGAGGGACAUGGUGCGGCGCCUGCAGGAGCUCCGGCACACCGAGCAGGUGCAGAGAGCCUACGCACUCAACUGCGGGGAGGGCGCCACCGUCAGCUACGAAAUCCAGAUCCGCGUGCUGAGAGAGUUCGGGCUCGCGGAUGCUGCUGCGGAGCUCUUGCAGAAUCCUCACAAGUUCUUUCCUGAUGAACGCUUUGGGGAUGAAAGUCCGCUCUUGACAAUGAGACAGUCUGGGAGAUGUCGCGUUAACAGUACCCCUACUGCGGAGACCAUGUUUACAGAUCUGGACCCCUUUGUGGCCUUCCACCCACCCCUGCCACCGCCCCCACCUCCGUACCACCCCCCAGCUACUCCAGUCCACAGUCAGCUCAAAGCAGGCUGGAAACAGAGACCUUCCCAUCCUCACCCUUCCCGUUCAUUUUCUUAUCCCUGCAAUCAUUCACUGUUCCACUCCAGAACUGCUCCUAAGGCUGCCCCCCCUCCCGUCUACCUGCCAGGUGUUAAAGUAGCAGCACCUGACUGUACCAACACCACAGGCCUGGGGAGGCAGACGGUGGCGGCAGCUGCCACCACCACCACCUCAGCAGCAGCAGCAGCAACUGAGAAACAAGCGUGUACACAACCUGUGCUAAAUGAUUUAAUGCCAGACAUCGCCAUGGGCGUGUCCACCCUGUCACUCAAGGACAGGAUGCUUCCAGAACUUGCUAUUGAUACAGAAUUAAGUCAGUCAGCUUCUGAAGCAGGACCAGGGCCUCCCCAGCAUCUGUCAUGUGUUCCACAGAGGCACAUACACACUUACCGAAAGAAACACAUGCUAGAGCAAAAACCAGAUGCUCGUGAAAAUCAGCAGGAGUAUCCGGAUUUCUAUGACUUCUCAAGUGCUGCUUGCAGACCUUCUACUCCAGCUCCUGGUCGACACACCCCUUCCCCUUCGCACGGUGGAUAUCUUGGUCCCGACCUAUAUAGCCACAACAAGGCCUCACCAAGUGGCUUAAAGUCAGCCUACUUACCUACCCAGAGCUCUCCUAAAAAGCAAGAAGAAGGAAGGAGAGAGCAUCCGCUUUCCCCUGACGGGCAUCUGCACAGACAAAAGAAUGAACCCAUACACCUCGAUGUUGUUGAGCAACCUCCUCCACGGUCAGACUUUCCCUCGGCAGUCCCAGAAAGUGCUGGCGGUGGUCCCGCCCCUGUCAAGGGACGAACAGCAGGAGAAACUGACUUGACUUUUGGGCUGACUCCCAGCAGACCUGCGCAUUCUGCAUGUAGCUCUGAAGCUCCAGAGGAGAGAUCCAGUAGGAGAACAGCAGACAGUGAGUCGCUGGGCCACGGAGCUCAGCGGAACACAGAGUUGGAACGGGAAGAUUCGAUGAGCAGAGGAAGGAGGUCCCCAAGCAAGCCAGACUUCCUCUACAAAAAGUCUGCCCUCUGAGAGCAAUCUCCAAGUCGUCGGUGCCUGAGAUGUGAAACACCCCAUUUUCUGAUGUGACCCAACAACUUAGAGACCAGCCUGUUGAUGCCAGCUGAUAAUUAGUUUCGUGUUAUUUUAUUCCAGUUUUUGUAUAUACAUGUUUAUUAGACAUGGCAUGCUAAGAGGGUUACUUUGAAUGCUGCGUCUGUUUUGUGUUUGAACAGUUGUGUGGGGAAGCAUUUUUAAGAGCAAGCAGGCUGGCACUUUUUUUUCUCUUAACAAAUGAUGGAAUUUUUUUGCACCUGUGCUUUUAUUUUAUCUGUAUUGAUUUUAUAUCAGUGUGUUAAACUUUAUUGCCACAUUGAAAAGACUGUAUUUUCAUACUUUUUUGCAUUUUGCCUUUCAUCUGCCAGUUUCCAAGUGCAUUGGACUGCACACCGAGAUGUAUUUUCUUAUGAAAUAGUUCUGUGUUUAUUUUUAAUUAUAGAAAUUCCAAAGAACAGAACAUCACAAUGCUCCUCUCUUUUCAGUAAUUGUUUUAGUUCAGAACUCUUCCUGCUCAGUCUCCAUAAAUUCAAUGUCAUUUUAAAAAAUCAGUCCUGGGGGCUGGUCUUCGUUCCUCCAGCAGGAGCCCCAGCGGAAGGGAGCACAGGCCUCUUGCCCGGCCGGAGGCCGUUGCUUUGUCAGCGCACUGCAGGCUCUGGAGUCAUAAAGCAGCGAAGUCUCCAAGUAACUUCAGGACUGCGGUUUCGGGUUCUGCGCGCCCCCAAGCUGAGAGGGGAGAUGACUGCUUGCUGCCUUCAGUCGUCUGCUUUCUUUGGGGAAAAAAACAGAAAAACAAAGGGCUUCAGUCUUCCGGAUGUCAUUUGGUGUUUGUAAGCAUCUGUUUUCUUUUAAGUGUUUUUCAGUGUGUCUGGAUUUUGGUGUCCUAUAAAAAGCUGUUGUAUAAUGCAUAAGGCUUCAUAACCAAAAAAGAAAAAGAAACUUUUUUUUUUCCAGUGAAACACUACAUGUCCUACUUGAACUCCACUGGAGAGGCUGGUGUGGGGUUCUGCUGAACCACUGAGCACAUGGGAUAUCUAGGUUCUCUCCCUGGGAGGGCAGAGUGUGAGCUAAGGACUGUUUCUUCCUUACUCUCCGAUGUAAAUAUAUUAGCAUUUGAGUUUUUUAAUCACUUCCACAUUAUUUGAGCACUCAUUUUGUAUUUUUACACACACAACCGUAGCACUUAGAUGUAAAGAGACUUUCUGAA